CAUCCAAUUCCAGUUUCGGCUGCACAGCCUCUCGGCAUGUAGAUGUACUUGGACUUCGUCGAUGUGGAUUUCGCGACCGUGGUUGCUUUCCUCGUUGUUUGGGAAGGUCCGCUUGUUGUGACGUGAGGUAAACCGGAAUUUUCUUAUCUGAAGCCGACAUAAGGGUGAGGAUCCGCUGCUCGAGGAAAUUACGCCGUUGUUGGAGGCGUCGCAAAAGAUGGGCCUGCUCAAUGAACCACCGAUCUUCUAGAGUAACGGUGUAUUCGCAUUUCGCUUGUCGUCCUCGUACGCAGCAGGCACUGCAUGGCCUGACAUGAUUGCACUAUACCACCCACUUAUCAGCACCACAUGGAGUGGGUUCGCUAAUCCACGGCAGGGUGAAUUCAGGUACCUUAAUUUUCUGGAAAUGGCAGGGUAUACAUGAGAGCACUGCUCUUUGCUUUUUGUUCCUUCGGGGGGCUUCUGAAGCUGCACCAUCCAUCAUGCCCAAUAAUUCUUGUUUGUAUGUUUAGAUUCCUUGAAUGCACACCGGGUUUCGGUGGAGGGGGAAUUCGGUCGUCUCAAAAAGGAAAGAAGAACGAGGGAUUUGGAAGGUAAAAAAAAAACGCAGUGUACUGUUUGGAAAGGGGGAGUAAGGCAGUACGGAGUAGAAAGUGCCAGUAUAGGCGUUUAGCCAGUCGCGACCUGUCCGAAGAAGAAUUGACGAACAACCUAGCUUCGUUUUGGUCAUGUCGUUAUUUGUCAGCCCACUUAACAAGCAUCUAAAAGUCUUUCGGUGGGACAGGUUACAGCACUAUCUUUUAGUACUACGUUUGUACUGGUGUUGCCGAGGGACGGGUCAAAGUGCAGAUCGAGGAACCAGGUCAUUACUCUGGAGUAGGGCUAAGAGAAUAGCGCAAGUCAAGGUCCCUUCUCUGGAGAUCUGCAGCAUUGUAACCAAUAUCUCAGUAGUCUAUCUUGCUGUCGGCCAAGAACUGUAUGCCGGAUCCUGCGCCACACCUGAUCAUCGGAACCGACCCUCGGCCGCAAUGCUGUGGCUACUUGUCAUAAAACCGUUCAAAGGACGGUACGGAGGACGGGAUCUUGAGAUUAGCUUGAUUGGAACCACUGUUACUUGCUGCUACAGAUUGAGGUAAGGAGAGGGAUCGAAGGAGGAGGCUUUGUUGGACAUUGCGACACGGAGUGAUCGGAAUCUUAAAGGAAUGUAUGUCUGUGCUGUCCUCCUACUCAGUAACACAUCCUGCAUAUCUGGCGCCCAUCAGAUCUCCAAUUCUCAAUGUCAGUCAGAAACUUUAGGCAUCAGGAAGCGAGCUUAGUCUCGGUACGCUGGUGAGGACCAAGUUGGCCAACCUUUCAAGCUA